AUGUUUGGCGGCACCUGCCUGCGCGGCGUGUCGUACAACUGGCAGGGCCAUCGCGUGCACCACCGCACUGCUUCAACCGCACGCUGUCGUCACACUGCAACCAUGAAUCAUGAGCGCGAGCCAGGCGUGCGCACGGCCAGUAGCCGUAGCGCGCGAAACGAAAUUGUAGGCCACUUCAUGAAACCCGAUGAAGCCGAUUCGCGAUCAUCGUCACAUCCAUCGCUCGCCAGAGACGCAUCGACGCAUCGUCAAUUGACUUAUUACUGGUGGCCAGGCCUAUGA